GCAAAAAUGGCCGGAGUUUGUCUGCUGGUUUUCAUUGUUUAUAUUCAACUGGGGAUAUCUGGACUGAGUGCUGACACUGCAGAGGACAACACAGAGACUGUGUUUAUCUCUCAGCAGACAGCACACGUGGUGCUGAAACGCCAACGACGAUACAACAGUGGCCGUUUGGAGGAAAUCCUACAGAAGGCUAACCUGGAGCGGGAAUGUAGGGAGGAGCAAUGUAACAUGGAGGAGGCCAGGGAGUGGUUCGAGGACGACGAGAAAACUACACAGUUCUGGGCUGCCUAUAUUGAUGGUGAUCAAUGUGAGCCAAAGCCCUGCCAGAAUGGCGGAGUUUGUCAGGAUGGAGUAGGCUCGUAUAUCUGCUGGUGCAGACCGAACUUCAGUGGCAAAAACUGUGAGACCGACAUGAGCAGACAGUGUUCUGUCAACAAUGGUGGCUGUUCGCAUUUCUGCAAAAUGCAAGCACGGCGGGCUGUAUGUCAUUGUGCAGCUGGUUAUAAACUUGGAACAGAUAGAAAAAGCUGUGAAGCAACAGGAUCAUUCAGUUGUGGUAUUGUGAGCCUGUCCCCUGGAGCUGUUACCAGAUCACUCAGGUGGGCAGCAUCCUCAAACCCAGCAAGCUCUGUUAAAACACAACAAAACUCCACCAGCAGCCAUCAGGAUUACUACGAUUAUUAUGAAGAAACUGAGGAUUACCCCAACCCCCCAUUGAAUGCAUCAGACCUGUCUGACAACUCAUCAGAUUCUGUAAUAAAUAUAAGGUCAGUGCGGUUGAGCUCCAGUUCCUCUUUAAACCCUGCUAACACUGUAAACAUCAGUGCCACAACAGAUGCAACCAAAAGUCCUCUAGAAAAGUAUUCCUGGGGUUUCCCUACACUCCCCACCAUCACAGAGGACAAAAACUCAGACCAGAGGAUUGUUGGAGGAAAUGAUGCCAAACCUGGAGAGAUACCUUGGCAGGUGGCCCUAAUGACUUUUCUACCCAAGUAUAACAAAACGCUGCCUGUCUGUGGAGGCUCUCUGAUUAGUGAAUUUUGGGUAAUCACUGCAGCUCACUGUCUGGUUAAGGCCAGAUUAAAUGGACACACCCUCUUCGUCAGAACUGGUGAAUUUGAUGUGAACGUGGUCGAGGCUACAGAGAGCAACCAUGAUGUGGCAGAGGAGCACAUCUUCCCCUCUUAUGACUAUAAUAAAUCCCAGUUUGAUCAUGAUCUUGCCCUACUGAAGCUGUCCACUCCUGUUGUACUGUCAAAUGAGAGACGUCCCAUCUGCCUGGGCCCAAAACCCUUCAUACAGAGUCUCCUAAGAGAUUCCAGCAGCUCCUUGGUGAGCGGCUGGGGACGGACGGGCAGCCUGGGCCGUCUGUCCGACAAGCUUCAGAAGAUAUCUGUUCCUCACGUGGACCGUACGCUGUGCCACCAGAGCAGCAAGUCCAAAAUCAGCGCUUUUAUGUUCUGUGCUGGCUUUUCAGAUGGUUUGAGUGAUUCCUGUGAGGGGGACAGCGGUGGACCGCAUGCCACCAACUACAAAGGAACUUGGUUCCUCACUGGCAUAGUCAGCUGGGGGGAGGGUUGUGCCCAGAAGGGGAAAUAUGGUGUCUACACCCGAGUUUCACGGUACUACUCCUGGAUUACUGGAAAAACUGGAAUCUUAGAGAACAACUGA